CCUGUUUUUGAGGGCGUGGAGAAAGGGGAGGAGAGAUGUGAUGGCGACCGAGGGGGAGGCGGAGGUUGAGGCUGAAGUGGAGUGGGUCGUAGAUAGCAUUGCCGGUUUUCUCCGCAGCCCCGCCUGGUCUAUUCCCAUUCUGGAGUUUGUGGAGCACAAGUGUGAAGUUUUUGAUGAUGAGGAAGAAAGUAAGUUAUCUUACACUGAAAUUCAUCAGGAAUAUAAAGCUUUGGUUGAAAAAUUAUUAGACAGUUACCUUAAAGAAGUUGGAAUUAAUGAGGACAAGUUUCAGGAAGCUUGUAUGUCUCCGCUUGCUAAAACCCGAACCUCCCAGGCCAUUUUGCAGCCAGUACUGGCAGCAGAAGACUUCAGAUUGUUUAAAGAAAUGAUGGUCCAGAAAAAUAUUGAAAUGCAAUUGCAAGCCAUUAGAAUAAUUCAAGAAAGAAAUGGUGUGCUACCUGACUGUUUGACCGAUGGGUCUGAUGCAUAUACUGAAACUGAAGAAGAGGAAAUGAAAAUACUAAGAGAAGUUCUUAGGAAGUCUAAGGAAGAAUAUGAUCUAGAGCAAGAAAGGAAAAGAAAUAAUGAGGCACAUGAUAAACUGAAAUCAUCUGAUGUUGCACAUAAAUCUUCAGGACAUUUUAAUGAAAGUGCAGGAUCUAAGCGGUCUCUAGAACACACUACAAAAUUAAUGCCAGGUCCAGAAGGAAAACAAAAAGAUGUAUCUAUUCAAGACCAUUCCUCUGUCAAACUGAAGGAAGAUAGUUGCAGGAAAGCAGUUGGGGAUGGCUCUGAAUAUGUAACAAAGCAAGGAGUGCUAGAAGGACGUAAACUAUCAGAACUUGGAGCAAAGGAGCUGAGAGAGCGUGAGGACUAUCUAAAGCAGAAACGAGAUGCAUUGAUGGCUUUGAAGAAGAAAUCAAAAACGAAUAUCCCACCACAAAAUAUAGAACAGAAAGAAGAGUUGUCCCCUUCUAAAGAGGGAAUGUCAGAAGAGGAGGAACAAAGAUUGUUAAAGAAACGAAUCCUUGCAGCAAAACUAAAAGAAGAAGUCAUUAAUAAGCGAUAGUUUAAAGAAGUUGCUUCUAAGGUUAUAUAUUUAACCAUGAACUGUUUGCUUACAACCAUUCCAUGCAUUAACUUGAUUUUAUAUAUUAUAAAAACACCAAUUCUUUAAGUUGGUUCAAAAGUAGAGUGGAAAGCAAUGAUUUAACAUUUUUAAUAGAUUCCACUAUUUUGUUUCUUGCUAUUUCUAUAUAUGCUGGGUCAGGCUGGUCACUGUUGUAUUUUUAUUGCAUUUAAUAUUACUUUUUGAAUGUUGCUGUCAAAUACUUUUAUU